ACUGCGAUCAACCCUCAGUGUCGCCCGUGUCGCCGGGAGCGUCACCCGAAAAAAAAAGUUGCAACUCCGAACUGUCAGAUUUGGCGCGCGUUUUGAAUUUAGAAUUUUUGUUUCUUUUUUUGUUUUUUGUGUAGUGAUGUGGCCUCUGUGGUGGUUUUUAGUGAAUAUAAAUAAUAUGCAAAUAUAUUAGUGAAUUAAAGUGAUAUUAUAAGAGGUUAAAUAUAAUUAUCAUUCAAGAAAAACUUUAAGAAGUGGUAGCCAUUAUAAAAGAAAAUUCGUUUAUUUGAAUUAAGGAAAAUAUUUUGCUCAAUAUUAAGUAGUGCUUUGUAGAUUGGAGACUGAAAGAAAAAUAAAGUUCCUAUAAAAAUAACUCGCUAUGAUUCAAGUGAUUAAAAAGUUUACCAAAACGUGAACUAAGUUAACCAAGUGACCACAAAACAUAACUUAAUAAUAAUAUUAGCACAUACUACUUAAUAGUUAUUACGAUAUUAGUAGAUAUUUAAAUAACCAUAAACAAUGAGCUACAACACCAUUUACGAUAACUACAACAACAACAACUACAAAGAGUUCGAAUUUCAAAAAGACGAAAAACUAAACGAACAGUGUUGCCAAGUUAAAAACGAGCACAAAAGCGGGGAGAUUAAUGAGGAAAAAGGGGAGAGCCAUGUACAACAUGUUUUGGGUCCUAGCAGAAGAUGUUUAGCUUGGGCUUGUAAAGCCUGUAAAAGAAAAACAGCGGCAGUCGACCGACGGAAAGCGGCAACACUACGCGAGCGACGGCGGUUACGAAAAGUAAACGCAGCAUUCGAAGAGUUGCGCAUCAGAGCGCGCGCCGGCAGCGGGCGACUGCCCAAGCUGGAGAUAUUACGAGCUGCCAUACAGCAUAUAGAGAGGUUACAAGCUGCACUUAGGGCUGCUGCUGUGUUGGAGUCUGAAAACUGUAAGAGCUAUAUGGAGUCGCCGGUGACGUCACAACGUUCCUAUGAUACGAGAGAGACAAAAGCUGAAAAAGAGAAACCAUUUUUAAGCAAUGACAGCCCAUCCUGUGGAGUAAACAGUCUUGCGAGAUUACGAUGUAUCGUGCAAGCUCUUUCUAAUAACUCCAACUCUAAAGACACGCCAUGACACCUGUGUUUUAGUUUAUGUCAAAAUGACAUUUUCAAUCUGUCUUCUUUGCCCUAUGGGGUCUAUAUUGUUCCUAUUUUAUGUAAUUUAAGAUUUUGAAGACAUGGUGGAAUAGAAAUAACCAAGCACAGGAGUACCGAAUGUUUUGUGCAAUUGACAGCUGUCAAUUUUUAUAAGUAGGAUUGAUCAGCAUAUACUAGAAGAAAUAGGUACCUAUUUUAAAACUGAAAGUAAUUUAUUGUGUAUAUUGUAAGCCGAAAUGAGGUGGAAAGUCGCUAUUUAUGGAGCUUAUGUGAAUUUUGUAUUUUUAGAUAGUUAGGUAAAUAUUUAAGUUAUGUAUGUACCAACA